AUGGUUGCUUUAGCGCAUAAUAAUCAAAAUUCUGAUUGUACAAAUGCAAAAAAUUCAGACAAUUUCAAUUUAUUUGAUAUUACGGAUGAUGAGAUUAGUUCUUAUCCAUGGAAAAUCAAUAAUAGUGAUAUGCACGAACGCGUUAAAAAAUGUUUAAGAGAUAUAGAUAUAACAAACAUCAACUAUGAUGAACCGAUUCGUUCAUCAAUUAUUGAUACUGACAAUCCACCCACUUGGAUUAAAAAUGAAUUUUCUGAUGAUGAGUGGAAGGUCAUAUCUAGUAAUGACAACUGUCAUUAUAAAAAAUUCAUUAGAAGAAGUGAAAGAUUUUUUUCCAAUUCAGAGGGAUCUGCGAUAAAAAAUCACUUUAAAUGGAUAAGAAAGAUGAAAGAUUACAAGUACUAUAAUAAUGAAAUUAAUGAAGGAACCUGGCAGAUUGAUGCCAUUUCAAUUCCACUUAAGGCAAGAUCACUCACAGAUGUUUUAUUAUUAAUGCCCGAAAAAUCAAGUAAAGCAUCUAGUGAACGUAAAAACUCCGUGAUUUCCAAUUCUAGCUCCGAAAACUUUUAUAAGGAAAAUGAGAAGCCGAUAAAGAAAAAACGGAAGAGGAACGAUGAGUUUAUUCCAAGGAAAAGAAAGAAAAUAGGGAGAAAACCAGACCUCAUGAUUAUGUCUAAAACCAGGUUAUUCCAAAAAAAGCUAGAAUUUUUUGUGGGAGAGGUAUCAAAUUCUCCUUGGAAAGAGAAAAGCGAUAAAACCAAUAAAGAUCGUAAGAAAUUAAUUCGAAUGCUUAAAGAUAUCUACGAUCACAUAGCUAAGACAUUUUUCAGUAAAUAUUUAUAUCUUAAUAUUAAUUCUUUUAAGAAUUUGGAGAUAUAUGGUAUCCAAAUAACGGGGUUUAAGAUGAAAAUUUUUUGUUUUGACAAACCUGGGUUUGGUCUCUAUCGAGUAAGAAAAGUUGACGAGAUUACAAUCCCUGUAAAUAUUAAAGAUGAUUUUAUUGAUCGAACUUUUGAAGGGUUGAUGUAUAACAAAAUGAGUUCUCAGCAAGAUUUUUCAAUAUAG